AUGGCUCUCUCGCCGGAGGGGACCCCGAGUGUGGAGGCCCUGGGCGGCUCCGACCCCGAGCUGCCCCCCGAGGAGCCCUGGCAGGCCACCUGCGAAAUCCGUGAGCCCUUCCGACUGCUUCAGGCCUCCUGCGCUGGGGGUGUCACGGGGGAGACCACAGGACGGGGGGACUCAAGCUGGGUGAUCAGGUGCGUCCCCCGCGCGGGGAGCCAGGGUUCUCAGGCAGAGGCCCACCGGCCGUCUUCUCCCUCCGUCCGGGCCCGUCUCCCGCGGGGUCUCCGUGUGGUUGUCCCAGUCCCGGUCCUGGAGCCGGACGCAGAGCAGAGCACGGAUGUGAUCGUGGUGGGCUCCAGCGAGCCGUCCGCACCGGCUUCCCCGGCGCCCUGCAGAGAGCUCCUUGCGUAUGAAGUCAGGGUGAACCAGAGGGACAUAGAAGACGUGUGCAUCUGCUGCGGGAGCUUCCAGGUGCACACGCGGCACCCGUUGUUUGAGGGCGGCAUGUGCGCCCCCUGCAAGGACAAGUUUCUGGACUGUCUCUUCCUGUACGACGAUGACGGGUACCAGUCCUACUGCUCCAUCUGCUGCUCCGGGGAGACCCUGCUCAUCUGUGAGAACCCCGACUGCACCCGAUGCUACUGCUUCGAGUGCGUGGACACGCUGGUGGGCCCCGGGACGUCGGGGAGGGUGCAGGCCAUGAGCAACUGGGUGUGCUUCCUGUGCCUGCCCUUCCCCCGCAGCGGGCUCCUGCAGAGGCGGCAGAAGUGGCGGGGUGGGCUGAAGGCCUUCUGUGACCGGGAGUCGAAUUCGCUGGAGACGUAUAAAACGGUGCCCGUGUGGAAGAGAGAGCCAGUCCGGGUGCUGUCCCUCUUUGGGGACAUCAGGAGAGAGCUCGUGAGUCUGGGCUUCCUGGAGAGCGGCUCCGCCCCGGGGGGACUGAAGCACCUGGACGAUGUCACAGAUGUCGUGAGGAAGGACGUGGAAGCGUGGGGCCCGUUUGACCUCGUGUACGGCGCCACACCCCCCAUCGGCCAGGCCUGCGACCACCCGCCAGCGUGGUACCUGUUCCAGUUCCGCCGCGUCCUGCAGUACGCCAGGCCCAGCCCGGGCAGCCGGCGGCCCUUCUUCUGGAUGUUUGUGGAUAAUCUGGUGCUGAGCCAAGAUGACCGGCACGUAGCCACUCGCUUCCUGGAGGCUGACCCCGUGACCCUCCAGGACGUCUGUGGCCAAGCCGUCCAGGACGCCGUGCACGUGUGGAGCAACAUCCCGGCUGUGAGAAGCAGGCACUCGGCCCUGGCUUCCCACGACGAACUGUCCCUGCUGGCUCCGGACAGGCAGAAGACAAAGCCCCCAGGCCAGGGACCGGCCAAGCUGGUGAAGAAUUGUUUUCUCCCCCUGAGAGAAUAUUUCAAGUAUUUUCAACAGAACUCACUUUCUCUUUAGAAAUGAUUUAUUUUACUAUGAAGAAAAAAGACAUUCGUUAGAACCAGGCAACUUUCCUUACAUUGUUUCUUUUUUCCUUUCAAAUUAUUAUUCUGUUUGCUUGAUUUUGGAUUUUCCAAGGUUGCCACAGACGUGUCUUCCCUUUGGGUGUGGUGAUGAGGACCCAGCCUUGCGGUGCCCUUCUCCGAGGUGGUGGUGGGGGGGUGACGUUCCCAGCCCCCGACCCUUGCGAAGCAUGUUUGCUGCUGAAAAUGUUUCUCUGUGUGCCGGUUGAGAAGUUAAAAAUAUAUUUAUCGUGCUGGUUAUGGGUCA